AUGGCCACCUUCGCGUGGUCCGUAGACGAGAUGCCCGGCAUCAGUCCGGAAGUUAUUUCCCACGAGCUGAAUGCGGACCCUACGUUCCGACCUGUGAAGCAGAAGCGAAGGAAGUUGGGCCCUGAGCGAGCUGAAAUCGUUAACAAAGAGGUCGAACGUUUGCUGAAGGCGGGACAGAUACGUGAAGUGAAAUACCCUAAGUGGCUCGCAAACACGGUGGUAGUCAAAAAGAAGAAUGGAAAGUCACGAGUCUGUGUCGAUUUUACCGACCUGAAUAAGGCGUGCCCCAAAGACAGCUUUCCACUUCCGCAUAUUGACCGCUUAGUUGAGUCCACUUCGGGUCACGAGCUGAUGUCUUUUAUGGAUGCUUUCUCUGGCUACAACCAAAUCCUAAUGAACCCGGAUGACCAGGAGAAGACUGCAUUCAUUACGGACCGCGGGAUUUUCUGCUACAAAGUGAUGCCUUUUGGGUUAAAGAACGCGGGAGCAACUUACCAGAGAUUGGUGAAUAGAAUGUUCGAGCAUCAGCUCGGGAAGACCAUGGAAGUCUACAUUGACGACAUGCUUGUAAAAUCAAUGGAAGCUGGCUCGCACCUCGCUGAUCUGAAAGUUUGCUUCGACAUCCUUGAUCAGUUCGGGAUGAAGCUUAACCCCACGAAGUGCACCUUUGCAGUCCCAUCAGGGGAAUUUCUGGGGUACAUCGUCACAGAAAGAGGAAUUGAAGCAAACCCAAGGCAGAUUAAUGCUUUCCUAUCUAUGAGUUCUCCUAGAACCUUGCGCGAAGUGCAACGCCUUAACGGACGGAUCGCAGCUCUCAACCGCUUCAUUUCUCGAUCUACGGACAAAUGCCUCCCUUUCUACCAGCUAUUACGGAAAGGGGGAAAAAACUUCUUGUGGGAUGCGAAGUGCGAGGAGGCCUUCGCUCACCUCAAAGCCUACCUGUCUGAACCGCCGGUCUUUGCUAAGCCCGACAAGUCUUUCACUGGAGCAGAGUCCAGGUACCCUAUGAUGGAGAAAUUGGCCUUAGCAGUGGUCACUUCGGCAAGAAAGCUGCGGCCUUAUUUCCAGUCCCAUACGAUCGUAAUCCUCACGACUCAGCCACUUCGAACGGUGUUACAUAGCCCGAGCCAAUCUGGGCGGCUAACCAAAUGGGCUGUCGAGUUGAGUGAAUAUGACAUCGAGUUCCGGACUCGAACCUGUGCUAAGGCGCAGGUGUUGGCUGAUUUCUUGAUCGAACUCCCACUAGCCUCUUUGGUUAGCGGCGAUUGCGAAGCCCCGUGGACAUUGUACGUUGAUGGUGCUUCUUCCAAGACGGGAGCAGGAAUUGGGGUCCGCCUUACUUCUCCUACAGGCGAAGUGAUCGAGCAGUCAUUUCACUUGGCUUUCAGCGCGUCCAACAAUGAAGCCGAAUACGAAUCCUUCCUAGCUGGCUUACGCCUCGCAGUGGGGAUUGGUGUCCGAAGACUUCGAGCCUUUUGCGAUUCGCAGCUGGUCACAAACCAGUUUUUGGGGGAGUACGAGACAAAGGAUGGUCGUAUGGAAGCCCAUUUGUCCGCAGCCCGGGAGUUAGUCACUAAGUUCGAGGAGUUCGAAAUCACUAAGAUCCCACGAAGUGAGAACUCCACCGCGGACGCUUUAGCAUCUCUGGCAUCAACCUCCGAUCCCGCGAUGACAAGGAUUAUCCCCAUCGAAGUCAUCCAGUUCCCAAGUAUCCGUCUAGAGAGUUCAAACGUCGUCACUCAGGCGAUUAAAAAACAGUUGGCAGCUGAGGAAGCAGCUCGUAAGGCGGCUGCAGACUCCUUACCGUCAAAAGAUCCGGCUCCCGUUAUGCCCACUCCGAUGGAAGUUCAUCCACCUCAAGCUGAGGUAGACGCGAAUUCAACUCUGGACCAAUCGAGCUCACCGGUCGACAAUCGAGCUAUUAUCCCACAUGCUGCUCCUAGCGGCACGAAUUCUAACAGCUGGGGGACAGAUGACUGGCGGAGCCUGAUCUGGGGUUACCUGGAAAAAGGGGAACUCCCAGCUGACAAAUGGGCAGCUAGGAAGCCCAAGAUCGUUAGUGCGCGGUACUGCGUUCACAACGAAAUACUUCUACGCCGAAGUGUAGCUGGUCCUUAUUUAACUUGUGUAGCUGGUAGAGAGCCCACGAUGCUGAUGCGAGCUGUCCACGAUGGUCCCAAUGGAAAUCACUCCGGAGGGCGGACUCUGGCUUUCAAAAUCAAACGGCAAGGUUACUUCUGGCCUACCAUGGUCACGGACUGCGAAAAAUAUUCUCGGACUUGUGAGAAGUGUCAGAAGCACGCCCCGUCAAUUCAUCAACCUACCGAGCUCCUGUCUUCAGUGUCCGCACCUUACCCAUUUAUGAGGUGGUCGAUGGAUAUCAUCGGUCCUUUACAUCGGGGACCAGGAGGAGUUCAGUACGUGCUCGCUCUUACUGACUAUUUCUCCAAGUGGGUGGAAGCAGCAGCCUACGCGAAAGUAACAAGCGACGAAGUGGAACAGUUCGUGCUAAAAAAUAUAAUCUAUCGCUACGGGGUCCCUCACGAAAUCGUCACGGACAAUGGUCCGCAGUUCAUCUCCUCGAAGUUCGAAGAGUUCUGCGCGAAGUGGAAGAUUCGACUCAGUAAGUCAACUCCGCGUUACCCGCAAGGUAAUGGGCAGGCCGAGGCGAUGAAUAAGGUUAUUCUUGCUAAUUUGAAAAAACGGCUCGACUCUCGCAAAGGGCGCUGGCCAGACGAGCUGCAGGGUGUUCUUUGGGCAAUCCGAACAACACCUCGCCGGGCCACUAGUGAAACACCUUUCUCCCUGGUCUACGGAGUUGAUGCCGUAGUCCCAGUUGACAUAGAGGUCCCCGGAGUCCGUACCUCACUGAACCCACUCCGAGCUGAGGAAAAUGAGGAGUUCCUACAGGAUACUCUCGAUACAAUCAACGAGCGUCGGGACCAGGCGUUAGCUCGGAUCCAGAAUUACCAGAACGCGGUAGCUCGAUACUAUAACUCCAAAGUCCGAGGCAGGCCCUUGGCAGUGGGCGACCUUGUCCUCCGGAAAGUCUAUGAAAAUACCGAGGAGCUCAAUGCAGGAAAACUGGGAAUUAAUUGGGAAGGACCAUACAGAAUUACUCGCGAAGUCCGAAAUGGAGUUUAUCAGCUCGAGGAUCCAGAGGGAAAACCAGUCCCGAGGUCUUGGAAUUCUCUACACCUUAAACUUUUUUACAGCUAA